AUGUUUCCUCCUUUUCAUCUCUCAACCAAAGCGAUCCAAACAACCAUGGUUGGAAGCAAGUGCACGAGGAGUAAGACAGCCACGACAACUCAAUCUGCGACAGAUCCGAGCUUCUAUGAUGUCGCAACUAAGACCGUUGCCCAGCAUCCCGGCACCGUGUUUGCCACCACAACCCUAACUGCUUCUGUAGUCCCACCACUCAAUCUCGCGAGCGAGAGUAGGAACCAAAAGUGCGUCGCCCGAAAACGCUUACCAGCCGUAAGGCUUUGCUACUGGAACCACCGUGCCGCUAUACGGCCCUAUGACUAG